UGACAGCCAGCCCCCACCAUGGUCUCCAUGGGGCUCCAGCUGCUGGGCUACGCCUUGGCCUUCCUGGGCUACAUCGGGACACUGACGGCCACGCUGCUGCCCAGCUGGAAGACCAGCUCCUACAUCGGCUCCAGCAUUGUGACAGCCGUGAGUUUCACCAAGGGGCUGUGGAUGGAGUGCGCCACGUACAGCACGGGCAUCACCCAGUGUGACAUCUACAGCUCCCUGCUCAACCUGCCCGCCGACAUCCAGGCGGCCCAAGCCCUGAUGGUGAGCUCCUGUGCCAUCUCCUCCAUUGCCUGCCUCCUCACCGUCGUGGGCAUGAGGUGCACUGUCUUCAGCCAGGGCUCGCCGGGCAAGGACCGGGUGGCUGUGGCAGGUGGCAUAGUCUUCAUCCUUGGGGGACUGCUCUGCUUCAUUCCACUGGUGUGGAACAUCCAUGUGGUGCUGCGGGAUUUCCACAACCCCGUCCUCCCCGACAGCAUGAAGUUUGAGCUCGGAGAGGCACUUUACCUGGGCAUCAUCUCCUCUCUCCUCUCCCUCGUCGGUGGCUUCAUCCUCUGCACCUCCUGCCCUGCCCGGGACCCAACAGCCACCUACACAAGCACCCACCAGCCCCGGUUGCUGGCAGGCAAGAGCUCCCGGCCCUCCGUCAGCCAGACACAGAAGACUAAGAGUGAGCUCAACUCCUACAACCUGACAGGUUACGUGUAG